AUGGAGAUGAUGGAGCGCCUGCCGCGGCGCGACAUGGGCGUCAUCGACCUGACGCGCGACGACGACGCGCCGCCGCCGCAGAAGAAGCGCAAACAGGCGGACGGCGCCGCGCCGCGCCCGCGGAAGCAGGCGAAGCGCGACGACCGCGGCCCGGACCGGCUCGACGUCGUGCUCCGGGCCCAGGCGCAGCGCCACGGCGUCGCCGAGCGCUGCGUCCGCGCGGCGAAGCGCCUGCUCGUCGACGAGCAGUGCACCGUGCCCUUCGUCGCGCGGUACCGCGCCGCGGAGACGGGCCAUCUGCCGCCCGCGGCGCUGCGCGCCGUCGAGGCCGCCGUCGCCGGAGCGGCCGCGCUCGAGAAGCGGCGCGCGUUCGUCGUCGGCGCCAUCGGUUUGGCCCACGCCGCGGCGCGCGUCGCGGCGCAGCGCGCGGCGAGCCUCGAGGAGCUCGAGCAAAUCUACGCGCCGUUCAAGGGCCAGCGGUGCACGCUCGCGACCAAAGCGCGCGCCGCGUUCGCCGGGGCCGACGCCGCCGCCGAGGCCGCGCUCGCCGGCGGGCCCCGCGGCGAGGACGCCGUGGCGCGCCUGCGGCGGAGCGACCGGGCCCACGCGCAAAUCGUCCUCGCGGAGCUCGUCGCCAAGGACCCGCGCGCCCGCGACGCCGUCGCGCGCGCGUUCGAUCGGGGACGGACCAGUGCGGCGCCGGGGCCCGAGCGGGACCGCGCCUUCCGCGACUACGAGGGCCUGGACCGGCCGACGCGCCACGUGAGCCACCACGCCUGGCUCGCGCUGCGGCGCGCGGCCGAGGCCAAGGCGCUCAAGGUGUCGCUGUCGCCCGACCGCGACGACGCCGCCGCGGCGUUCCGAGCCGUCGCGGCGCGGGACCUCGGCCCCCAGAGCCGCCGGCUCCUGCGCGACGCCUGCGACGACGCCUGGAAGCGGUUGUUGAAGCCCCGGGGGAAGCGGGAGGCGCUGCGGAGGCGCGUGGACGCGGCCAAGGUCGAGGCCGUCGCGUGCUUCGCGUCGAACGUGAAGCACCUGCUCCUCGGCGCGCCCCUGCCGUCCCGCGGCGACGCGGAGGCCGUCGUCGUGGCGCUAGACCCCGGCUUCGCCCACGGCCACAAGGGCGCCGUCGUCCGCGUCCGCGACGGCGCGUGCGUCGCCUGCGCCGACGCGCUCGAAACCGCCCUGCGCCCCUACAACCACAUCGUCGCCGUCGCCGUCGGCGACGGCGCGAACAGCCGCGGCUGCCAGCGCCUCGUCGCGCGAUUGAAACUACCCUACGCCGUCGUCCGCGAGUGCGGCGCGUCGACGUACUCGGCGACGGACCUGGCGGCCGAGGAGCUGCCCGGCGUGCCCCUGGAGCGGCGCGGCGCCGCGAGCCUCGCGCGGCGGCUGCUGGACCCGCUCUCCGAGUACGUCAAGCUCGACCCGACGACGUUGGGCGUCGGCAUGUACCAGAAGGACGCGGACGCGAGGGCGCUCCGGUCCGCGCUCGACGCGGCCGUCGAGGACGCCGUCGCCGCCGCGGGCGUCGACGCCGCCGCGGCGUCCGCGGCGCUGCUGGCGCGCGUCGCGGGGCUCUCGGAGAAGCUCGCGACAAAAAUCGUCGCCGCGCGACCCUUCGCGGCGCGCGCGGACCUCAACGACGUGCCGGGCCUCGGGCCCAAGACGUUCCGCAACGUCGCGGGCUUCCUCCGCGUGGCCAACGCGGCCGAGCCCCUCGACGCGACGCGCGUGCACCCCGAGGCCUACGGCGCCGCGCGGGCCUUGCUGGCGGCCGCGCGCGUGCCGCCGCCGGCGCUCGCGGCCGUCGCGGCGCGCGGCGGCGGCUUCGACGCGCCGACGGCGGCGCGCAUCCGGGCCGCGGCGGCGGAGGGCGACGCGGACCUCGCGGCGCUCCUCUGCGACGGCUGCCUCGCGGGCGACGCGCGGGCCGCGCUGUCGCCGCCGCCGCCGCUCCGCACCGGCGACCCGCUCGCGCUCGGCGACCUCCGCGCGGGCGACCGCUUCCGGAGCGCGCUCGUGAAGAACGUGUCGCCCUUCGGCGCCUUCGUCGACGUCGGCGUCGGCACGGACGGCCUCGUCCACGCGUCCAAGUUCGGCGACGCGAGCACGCGGCUCGUCGUCGGCGCGGCCGUCGACGUCGUCGUCGAGCGCGUCGACCGCGACCGCGGGCGCCUGUUCACCGAGGCGGCGACGCGGGACCCCGGCGACGCGGACGCGGCCUACAUGGUCGCGCUGUCGUUCGCGGAGAAGGGCGACUACGGGAGCGAGGGCGCGUGGCUCGACCGGGCCUUGACAGCGAAUGCAAAACACGCCAAGGCGCUCGUGAACCGCGGGGUGCUGCGCGGCGAGGCCGGGGACCUGGAGGGGGAAUUGGAGCACUACGAGCUCGCCGUCGCGGCGGAGCCGGACGACGCGAUGUGUCGCAACUCUUUGGCCGCUUGCUUGCUCCUGCGCCAGCGCGUGGCCGAGGCGCUGCCGCACCUCGAGCACGUCGUGCGGACGAAGGCGCUGGGGGAAGUGGAGGAGCUCGCGCGCGCGGAGAAGCUGCUGCCGAAA